GACGUCGGGCACGCCACGUUCACGUUCUCCCGUCAGCGUCCCGAUCAGACCCAUGCGUUGUUACCUCCAUGAGCUCCUUGUAAGCGAAACCUUGAAAGCUUUCAGGAUGUUUUCAGCUAGUGGGUCAUUUCAAGGUUCCAGAGGGGCCUGUUUUUCAAAAAUCCUCAUGAAGAAUUUGCCUGCAACAUCACACAAAUCACACGAACCUCUGUCUACCUUGAAUCCUCCUAACAAGGAUGCUUUUGACCAACAAGGGAAAAAUACGUACAAACAUGGUUUUGGUGCCAAGCCGACAUGUACACCAGAUGUGCUGAUUGACAAAUACAGGAAAGGCGAGACGAACGCUGUGUCUUUGCUCCAUCAGCUUGCCCAAGGUUUGCAGUUCCACCUGGAAUUGAAGGAAACGGUAACCACAGGCAACAUACCAGGGCUUUGUUUUGCCUUUUGUGUGGUGAUCGAUGGGCGUCAGUACAAGACUGGCAUGGGGAUAACAAAGAAGCAGGCUCGGCUCCAAGCGGCAGAGCUCGCUCUGCGUGACCUGCUGCCCACCUUGGAAAGUUUGAAGUCUGUCGACCCGGAGACAUCAGAUGUUCCUCCACCACUGCCAGUAAAAGAGGAGCCCUCUGUGUCUGACAUACAACCUCAUAGGGCCAUUCAUGACGAGACAAGUUCUGUCAACCUCCAGAUCCCACAAGCUGUCAGGGAUCAGCUCACCAAACUGAUGAACAGCCACCCGCAGUUCUCUGCCUGUGCGAGCACCACAGCAGCAUUCGUCAUUCAGACUUCCAGUGGAUGUGAGGUGGUCGCUCUAGGGACUGGGAACUUCAAUACCAAAGAGAAUACCUCAUCAAGUGGAAGGAUUGUGCAUGAUUCACAUGCAGUGGUAACUGCACGGAGAUCGCUUAUGAGGUUUCUGUACCGGCACUUGCUGCUGUUCUAUAGCAAACAGGCCAAUCUGAAGGACAAGUCGAUCUUCCAGCACAACAGCAGCAGCGGCCUCCUCAGCCUGAAGAGCGGCAUCACUCUGCACCUCUAUGUGAACCAGCUGCCCAAGGGUGCUGCUCAGAUCCCCUCCACAUUACGCCUGAACCCACUCUCUAUUUUGGCAUGGCAAGUCAACAAUGAGAUCAGCCUGCACCUGUCAGUGGAAGGCAAGGUGUUCUCAGUGUCCUCGUCAGCCUUUGAUCACUCGGCCUCCAAGGUGGUCAGCAUGUCUGCUACUGACAAGCUGACUCAGUGGCAGGUGCUUGGAUACCAGGGGGCCUUGCUCAGCCACUUCAUCAAGCCUGUCUAUGUCCAAAGCAUCCUCAUAGGUGACCUUGGCUGCAGUGACAUCCGUGGCAUGAAAAUGUCUGUGAGCCAGCGUGUGGAGGGGAUCACCUCCCAGCUGCCCAUGUUCUACUGCAUGAUGAGGCCCCACAUCAGCCUGGUGCCCUCAGUGGCUGCUGACAGCACCAACAAAUGCCAGAUGACUUACGGUAUCAACUGGAGCGAAGGAGACAGCUCGCUGGAGGUUGUGGAUGGUCUGGAGGGCAAAACCACAGAGGAAUCUCCCUUUAAGAGUGGCUCUGCUCUUGCAAGCCGUCUGUGCAAAGCAGCGAUGCUGCACCGCUUCAAGUUGGUGGCCAAAGAGGCCCAGAGGCAGGACCUGCUGACCACGAGCUCCUACAGAGAAGCCAAGAGGAUGGCAAAGCCGUACCAGGAGGCCAAGAACGUGCUGAGGGCGUACCUGUUCCAGCAGGGCUUUGGUUCCUGGCUGGUCAAGCUUUCAGUUAGUGAUAACUUCAGCAUGUGAAAAAAUAAUACACUCUAUCACUUGAAGCCAUUGUGUUCAUUAAAAAAAA